GUGUGACUGUAACGUGAAGAAGCCACUUGAUGGGAAGACCCAGCCAACCUAGUGGGAAGGGGAAGGACGAAACUGUGGGUCUGAACUGGGAAUGCUGCUUGCCGCAGCCGCACUCCCCAGCAGGGCGGGGAAGGCAGGCUGCCUUUGGAGAUGGGAAGCCAAGAGUUAAUGGUUGGAGCACACACGUGCGACUCUCCCGUGCUGCUCAUGGCCGCUCCGUGCAGCACGAAAUGAGGGUGAGGAGACAAUGUAGUGGAGCGGCCGCCAGGGAGUCACCCUUGGGAGCGUGGACACCCAGCCCAGACGGAGCACCUGCCCCUGGGCGCCCCUCUGGCUACCCAGCCUCACCAUGUCCAAGAAGGGCGCGGGCAGCCGGGCCAAGGGGGACAAGGCAGAGGCAUUCGCUGCACUACAGGCCGCCAACGAGGAGCUCCGCGCCAAGCUCACCCACAUCCAGAUCGAGCUGCAGCAGGAGAAGAGCAAGGUCGGCAGAGUGGAGCGCGAGAAGAGCCAGGAGCUGCGGCAGGUGCGCGAGUGCGAGCAGCGCAGGCACGCGGUGCUGCUCACGGAGCUGAGGGCCAAGCUGCACGAGGAGAAGACGCAGGAGCUGCAGGCGCUGCGCGAGGCGCUGCUGCGGCAGCACCAGGCCGAGCUGCUGCGGGUCGUCAAGAUCAAGGACAGCGAGAACCAGCGGCUGCAGGCGCUGCUCAACGCCCUGCGCGACGGCACCCCCGACAAGGCCAAGACGGUGCUGCUGUGCGAGGCCAAGGAGGAGGCCAGGAAGGGCUUCGAGGUGGAGAAGGCCAAGAUGCAGCAGGAGCUCUCGGAGCUCAGGGGCGCCAAGAGGCAGGUGGAGGAGGCGCUGACGCUGGUGACGCAGGCAGACAAGAUCAAGGCCGCCGAGAUCAGGAGCGUGUACCACCUGCACCAGGAGGAGAUCAGCCGCAUCAAGAAGGAGUGCGAGCGGGAGAUCCGCAGGCUGAUGGAGGAGAUGAAAUUUAAAGACAGAGCAGUCUUCGUGCUGGAGAGAGAGUUAGGGGUCCAAGCCGGGCAAGCCCAGAGGCUGCAGCUGCAGAAAGAGGCUCUAGAUGAGCAGCUUGCCCAGGCCAAAGAGGCCGAGCGGCACCCGGGCAGCCCCAGACGGGAACUUCCUCAUGCAAGCGGUGCAGGAGACGCCUCAGACCACUCGGGAAGCCCUGAACAGCAGUUGGAUGAAAAGGAUGCCCGGCGCUUUCAGCUCAAAAUCGCAGAGUUAAGCGCCAUCAUCCGUAAGCUGGAGGAUCGCAACGCCCUGCUGUCGGAGGAGAGGAACGAGCUGUUAAAGCGUUUAAGGGAAGCAGAGAGUCAGUACAAGCCAUUGUUGGAUAAAAACAAACGCCUUACUCGGAAAAAUGAGGACUUGUCUCACACUUUACGGAGAAUAGAAAGCAAGCUGAAAUUCGUCACCCAGGAGAACAUAGAGAUGAGGCAGAGAGCCGGGAUCAUCCGGAGACCCAGCUCCCUAAACGACCUUGAUCAGAGUCAGGGUGAGACGGAGGUCGACUUCCUGAAGCUUCAGGUUGUGGAGCAGCAGAACCUCAUUGACGAACUCUCCAAGACCCUCGAGACUGCUGGCUACGUGAAGAGUGUGCUGGAGCGCGAUAAGCUUUUAAGGUUUCGGAAGCAGAGAAAGAAAAUGGCAAAACUCCCCAAGAAGCCGGUUGUUGUGGAGACCUUCUUUGGAUACGAUGAAGAAGCGUCCCUGGAGUCCGACGGCUCUUCCAUCUCUUAUCAAACUGACAGGACAGACCAGACCCCGUGCACUCCUGACGACGACCUAGAGGAGGGCCUGGCCAAGGAGGAGACGGAGCUGAGGUUCCGGCAGCUGACCAUGGAGUACCAGGCGCUGCAGCGAGCAUACGCCUUGCUGCAGGAGCAGGUCGGAGGGACACUGGACGCAGAGCGAGAAGUUAAGACCCGUGAGCAGCUCCAAGCAGACAUGCAGCGAGCGCAGGCCCGGGUGGAGGACUUGGAGAAGGCGCUGGCCGAGCAGGGCCAGGACAUGAAAUGGAUUGAAGAGAAGCAAGCGCUGUAUCGGAGAAAUCAAGAGCUUGUAGAGAAGAUAAAACAGAUGGAGACCGAGGAAGCCCGGCUGAAGCACGAGGUCCAGGACGCCAAGGACCAGAACGAGCUGCUGGAGUUCCGGAUCCUGGAGCUCGAGGAGAGGGAGAGGAAGUCGCCCGCCAUCAACUUCCACCACACGCCGUUUGUGGAUGGGAAGAGCCCUCUCCAGGUGUACUGCGAGGCGGAAGGCGUGACGGACAUCCUGGUGGCAGAGCUGAUGAAGAAGCUGGACAUCCUGGGGGAUAACGCCGUAAGUAAUCUGACCAAUGAGGAGCAAGUGGUUGUCAUACAAGCCAGGACGGUCCUGACCUUGGCCGAAAAGUGGCUCCAGCGGAUUGAAGAGACAGAGUCAGCACUGCAGCGGAAGAUGGUGGAUCUGGAGAGCGAGAAGGAGCUGUUCAGCAAACAGAAGGGCUACCUGGAUGAGGAGCUGGACUACAGGAAGCAGGCCUUGGACCACGCCCACAAGCACAUCCUGGAGCUGGAGGCCAUGCUGUUCGACGCCCUGCAGCAGGAGGCCGGGGCCAAGGUGGCCGAGCUGCUGUCGGAGGAGGAGCGCGAGAAGCUGCAGGUGGCUGUGGAGCAGUGGAAGCGCCAGGUCCUGAGUGAGCUGCGUGAGAGGGACGCGCAGAUCCUGCGGGAGCGCAUGGAGCUGCUGCACCUGGCCCAGCAGAGAAUUAAAGAGCUAGAAGAAAGAAUAGAAGCUCAGAAGAGACAGAUCAAGGAGCUGGAGGAAAAGUUUUUAUUUUUGUUCUUGUUUUUCUCCCUAGCUUUCAUUCUCUGGUCAUAGCUGGCCUUGGCCCUCUGAUGUGUCCCCCUCAGAGUCGGACCACUGUCCUUCAGCGGGACCAGAGAGUGGUGGGUGCUGGCAGCAAGACAGGACAUUGCAUCUCAUCCCUGAAGACCCAAGAGGGUUGAUCUCUGCACAGCUGUCCUGUGGAGGACGAGGGGGAAGGGACACUAAGUGGAGGCCACUGUCUGCUAGGGAUGAGCCAGGAUUAGAACUAGUUUUGCUGACUGGGGCUUCUCUGGGAGAGGCCUGGCCUUGGCUGCUGGGCCCUGGGGUCCCUCCUCUCAGACAGCAGUCCCCAUCCUGGUCACGAGGAUGUGUGACAUUCCCUGCCAAGCAGGGGUAAGCCCGCUCCUGCACGGGAGCAAGCCCUGGGCCACCCUCCUCUUGUUCCUGUGGUAAU